CUUAUUCACCUCACAGACGGCAGCCGUGGAGAAUCUUCAGAGGGAGAAUGUACUUUUACACAUUUGGAAAAGGCCUAACAAACAAUGGUUUGAGUGUUUAAAAAACAACAACAACUGCAACCAAGCUGUUGGGAGCAAACAGCGUCAGGUGUGAAGAUUAUCCUGAGAAUGGUUGAUCUCACAGCUGAUGUCUGUCUGUCGGCGGCGCAGUCCAGCCUGAGCGAUGACGUCCAGACUCUUCUCAAAGAGAUGAACAGCCGCUGUACCUCGCAGAAAGGAUGGUCCAGAUGGAAUCUGGAGAAGAAGGUGGAGGUGGAUCCGUCCAGCAGCGUCUCACUGAUCCGUGUGUUGGUCAAAGAGCUGGGGAAGAAACUGAAAAAGAUCCAUAAAACCCAUCAGCACAUGCACGUCAUCCCUAUUCUGCACACUCUCUACUACGUCGUCAUUCAGUCAGUUACCAUCAUUCCUGCCAACCUUUACCAGAGAGUGUGUGAGUGUCUGUUGAAACUGUUGAUAUUACCGUUACCUUACUCUGCUGUGGCCCUGAGCACUCUGCGCAGCAUUAGGAUGGAAAUGACCACACCAGGCUCUUUAUACACGAGGAGAGUCAUUGCUGAGCAGAACCUGAGGAGUAAGCAUUUCACCAUGCAGGAAAAGGUGUUUGUGCUCGCAGACCCUUCUGUUUUUUCUGCUCAGCUGGAAGCACAAGUGAGAGCCUCUUUGGAGGCGUCCAGCAUGUUCAGGGACACGGCGACGAUGGAGAGAAAUGUCCUCGUGCAUGUGCUGCACAAGGGACUGGGGACGGACUGUCAGAGCUCCAGACUGACUCAAACUCUGGAGGUGAUAGAAGACAAAAUAGUUAAGACAUAUUUUGAGGAAGUGGUACAAGCUGUGGAGCAGAGUAUCAGACAUGGUGCAGGUGGUUAUACGGCGUAUCUGAACAAGCUACAGCACAUACAGAGAGACGUCCUCACUGCCGACACCAACGAUUCAAACAAGACAGACAGUGGCUCCGUGUGCAGUAGGACAGUGUCCUAUCCCGAGAUCAAGUUCAUCAUGUGGACAAAUGAAGUGGAUCUAUGUAAGUAUGAGAGACGCAGACAGCAUUUAAACACAUGUCAAUGCUGCAUUAAAUGUAUAUUCCCUGAAGAUAAUCUGCUGGCAAACUUCACCCUGAGAUCCUGCUCCAACUCCAUGGACAAAGACGAGGACGACAUGGGAAACUCGGAGGACGGUGAGGUCAGGAGACACCGGGAGGACAGCUGCGCCGAAGACACAAAGAGGCCUAGAAAUUCCUCCCUGGCGAUCUCACGCAGAAACGCCUACAGGAAAGGAAAUUCAGCAGGUCGAUUGAAUCUAAUGACGGAAAACAUCGACGGUUUUCCUGGAAGCUCUCCCGUCUUCAUGGAGGACUGUAGGCGGCGCACGGCACGGGUGGUGGUGAUGGGGGACAAUCGUGUGCUGGGAAGACUCACCAAGGCUUACCACUCCAUUCGAGACAGAGAGUCCAAACAUCUUACUUUGACAAAGAGGCUCAACCUACAGCUGUACUACAUCCCAGUCACAGAUGUGGAGCCUCCUCUCAGUUCACCUGACAUCCCAUGUCAGGACGCGGGUCGGUUGUCUCUCUCCUCUUUAUUGGGACAAACGGAUCCAUGGUACAACAGCAACAUCAACAGCCUGAGAGUGGCCAUCGCCAUGCAGAAUGGACAGUGUAGUAAUCACAGCGAGUCCACGGAGCAGAACCACUUCCUGUUGGACACCCUGUGUUACUACCUUCGCUGUGGGACGAAGCCAGUUAACCUGCCCCUAUAUUCUGUCAAGAUGACCCGCUCCAGCUGUGAUGUCACCUCUGUGGUGGAGGAGGUGUUUGUGUCUCAACUGGAGGCCGACAUCCCAGAGUUUAGACACCUCAGAGAAAGAUUUUCAAAAGAACCCUCUACACGCAGAAAGAACUCAACCGUGGUGGUGCAUGGAGGAGUCAUCACAGUCAAAUAUACAGAGACCUCAUUGAGCAAAAGAAAAGUCGUGAGGGGAGAAGCGCCCAUGUCGUGUGGCGUGGUUGUUACGUCAGAGCCUGCAGCCACAACAGCAGGCGAGGAUUACCUAACUGUGCGUUUUGACAGGAUGAACCCAGGCUGCAACACCAAAAUUAAAAGCCAAAACAUCAGCAUCAGGACCAUGGAGCAUCGAAGCCUCUCUGUGUGCCUGGACAAAGACUCUCGAAGGACGUACACGGAUGUCCAAAAAGUAGAAAUCUCCCCGUGCUUGGACCCAGGAUGCAGCAUCCGCUCCAUGUUCACCAUCAGCAGCGAGCGAGCGCUGCCACUGAGCAAGUACCUGAACAAAGUGCUGUCGCUGCCAAUCAACACCUUCACUGGUGUGACGCUCUGAGCGACAUGAUUCCAUGAUUUCAUGAUUUCAUGUGUUAGCGCUUCAUUUUCAGUGUUACUGACAUCUUUGUAUCGUUAACACAGAGUAGUCAGCUACGACGUACAGUAUGUUUGAAAGAGUUAAUUCCAAACUAUCAGUAAUGUGAUUUUAACUUCUUUUUUUUUAAAGAUUUAGUUGUUUUAUAUACCUUGGGAAGUAAAAGCAGGUCUUUGUUGUAGUGUAUUCAAAAAGGAACCUAUAGAAAAUGUAUAAAAGGCCAUAAAACUUUUUAACAAAAACAUACAAGUCUUAUAAAAGAGUGCAGCUAUUUACAAAAUGUGACAGGAAACACUUCAGAAUGAGAUUUUUCACUUGUUUGUGGUGUAUUAUUGUGUUUCUAAACAGGUUUGAAUGACUUUAUCGUUGUUGUUAGUUAGUGUUGUUAGAACUUGUCGCCUACUUUCACAUUUUGAUUAAA